UGUUUAUUACUCGAGCUCACCAAAAAGUUAUAAACCAAGUCAUUGCAGAAACAAAGUCUCUUUGCAUAUGUCCUGACUUUUGGGUGGUGGGGGUAGGGGAGAGAAGACGUCAGAUCUGUGACGUCGUUAGGUCUAGUACGGUUGCAUUUUGGGACUUGAAGUCCUUGCCGAGGGUUGGUGACGUCACCGACCAACAAUCCACCAGAACGCAUGCGCCAGGCUCAGCUUCCGGCAGUUCAGUGGGAGAGAGUGAUGCUAUCUGACUUAUCGUUGGCCCGAGCGGAGCAAGUGUCACUGUGGAAAGUUUCCGUUUCAUGACGAUAGAUUCUACCUGAGAUACUAUCAUUUUGAAGAAGAUGAAUGAAGCUACAUUUGUGUACCAGAACAUUCCACCAGUGACUUUACAUUUGUCAGAAGAGACUACCACGUGCAGUUUAUGUGUAAGGAAUAUGGAAGACAUUGAGAACCAGUUUAAAGACUUUGUGGAAAUAUUCCUUGUUGAAGUUUACAGAUGUAAAAUCUGCACAUUCACCAGUAGCCUGAAGGUCAAAAUGAACUCUCAUGUUGAAAACCUUCAUAAACCCAAAAGAAAUGAUCAGUUUUCUAAGAAAGUGACGAGCACAUGUCACACAGAACAUGACUCCUCAUACAGUACUGAUGUAGAAAUUGACACUGAAAGUAAAGUGGCUGAGGACAUUAUUGUGGAUAAUCUGGAGAGGAUGUCAUUUCUUCUUCCUAUGUACAGAAUGUUUCACAACAUUAGCCCAGUGUCCUGUGAAAUGGGACUGGGAGGGCACAAUGAUAAUCUUCACUCUGCUGAUGCAUGUGAGGUCAGCACACUGUUUGAAGUGGAGUCUACACCUUUUCAGUUGGACGGACCUCACUCUGUGGUACCAGGGUCCGUUGGGACAGCUGUGCCUGAAGAUGAUGAGGAAGCUCAGUCAGAGCACCUUAUGUCACUAGGCCUUUGCCGAAUAUCCAACAGUAAUAAAACUCAUACAAUGAACAUGGAAACCAGUGAUGAUCAUAUCAUUCUGAAGAAGCAAAGGCAUCUCAGUAAGAAAAAGCGGAGUGAAAACCGACAUUCCAAUAAUGCUGGUAACUCUCAAACUGGCUUGAAAAAUAAAUGUUAUAUUUGCAAGACGUGCAAACUAGACUUUAAGUCAAAAGAUAUUUAUAACCUUCACUUGAACUGUCAUGAUAGUGAUACAGGUUUUAAAUGCAUGUACUGUAGCUCCUGCAUGACAGAGUGGACCUUGAUGGAACAGCACCUCAAGGGCCACAAUCCCAAAAGCUUGAGCUACAGUUGCUCAGUUUGCAAGAAGGGUUUCACCAGGCGGAAUGAUUGGAAAUUGCAUGAAGUCACCCAUCAACAAAAGCCAGGCCUGUUCUACUGUUCAAAGUGCCCAUCCUUCUAUUCUUCUGAGCAUGUGAGAGAUAUGCAUUCUGCUUGCCAUUAUGAAGACAUUUUUAAGUGUACAGAGUGCGACUUUACAGAUGAAGCAUGGACCAAGGUCUAUAAACAUCUAUGCAACCAUGACAAUAGUAUUAAGCCACAUGGAUGUACUGAUUGUGGCAAGAGAUUCUUCAGAACAGUUGAACUGAAGGAACAUAUGGCGAGGCAUAACGAAGCAAGACCUUUUCUCUGCCAGUUUUGUGGACGGACAUUCAAGUACAGAAGGCAGAUGAAUAAACAUCACAGACAUGUCCAUCAGAUGGCAAAGGAAAAAAGGAGAGAACAUGAAAAUGAUUCAACAAGUAAACAGCACGUGAAGAAGGAGCCUCAAAAUAAGUCAAAAAAGCCAAAUAAAGAAUUUGACUGCAGUAUUUGUACCAGGAAAUGCUCCUCCAAGUUGGCACUACAGAGACACAUGGGAACACAUACUGGUAUAAAACCAUUUCAUUGUCAGCACUGUGAUUAUAAAACCAGGCUAAAGGCAUCACUGAUACAGCACAUGAGAGUCCACACAGGUGAGAAGCCCUUCAAGUGUACAAUCUGCCAAUAUGCUUCCAUUGAUGCCAGCUCUCUAAGGCGGCAUUCCCGCACACAUUCUACUGAGAAACCUUACAAAUGCCAGCUGUGCACUUAUAGUUGCAUCCAAAAGAAGAGUUUGGACCUUCAUGUGCGUAGGCAUCACACGGGUGAGACCUUUGGGUGCCAUUUAUGUGUCUACUCCUCUCCUGACAAACAGCUUUUGCAAAAGCAUCUGAAGAAACACCAGAAGGAGAUGGAAGAAACUUUAAGGAGCAUUCAAACAACCCCUAGAGUGGAGCCAUUUACGACCGAACAUUUUGUGGGAGCCUGUAACAUCCUGCAAACUGGCAAACCUUAAGAAGCCAUGUUCAGAUGUCUGGAAACUAGAGGUUUCUCCCCAUUAUUUCUAAUAGGUUAGCUGGGCCAGCUAUUACUAUCUCAAUACUGAAGGAGCUGGCAACAAUAAUGAAAUUCACUGAUGGCUCGGAGUGUGUUCCAAGAUUGUUAGCAUUCUGAAAGGAGCUUUGGUAUGUCAGAGUUAGAAUGUGCCAGUGAACUGUGAGAAAGUUAACUGCACAAUCCUUUAUGCUUACAAAAACCCAGUGUCUCUGUUUUCCAGCCUUUUAGACCUUUUCCAACUGAGCAUGCUCGACCCCAGUAUUAACCCACUACUUAUUUACUUUUCAAGGAAGAGCUAAAGUGAUGGGUUUAGUUUUAUAAGGACUGUAUUUGCAUUGAGGCUUCCUCAAGAAAUUAGAGAAUGAAUUAAAAUUUAAACCAAAGAUUGAAGAAGCCUCUUGAUCAAGCCCACUGCUCUAUACUUUCAGCAUGUUGUUAAUAAACAGUGUUUCCCAAUGCACAUGCAUUUUAAAACAAAGGAGCAGUUUGACUUUCUCUGGAGCUUUUCUGCCACGUUUGGUUUCAUCAUGCAUUCUGAUGGUCCAACUGUUAAACCUUCUGCUGUUACACCAGACACAGCUGUAAAAUGUUUCCACCAACACAGCCCACAAUUGAAUAUGGGUUAGUUGCAUGAAAUUGCAAAAUUGCUUUAGAGUUUAAUAAUCUCAUUAUUAUCUGAAUCACCAAAUGCAGUAAAGCUAUUAAUUUUAAAAAAAUGUAUAUAGGCACUUAAACAGAAUUACAAGCAAUAGACUAUGAGGCGCAGAUUUUAAAAUGCAUUUUUACCUGAAAAAGAAUAGCCUAAAAAUUACAUUUGGUAAUAUUAUUCAAGCACUUAAUGCAUUGGUUUGUUGAUGUCCGUGUUGACUUGGUAGUAGCUCUGACCUCUGAGUUAGAAUGUCCUGGAUUCAGGUUUCAUCAUUGGCACUUGAAUUUAUAAUCUAGCAUGGUACUCUACUGAGAGAACACUGCACUGAUGGAGGUUAAAGAAAGGCCUUGUUUGUUCUCUUUGGUGGAUCAGUUCCUUUAAAAGUUUCUUGGAAUGCUCUCCCUAUUGAUGAAGAAUAGGAUUGCAAACAAAUGCAAAAUUCAUUGGUAGAAAUGAUUAUCAAUUUGACCUCAAUAUGAAAGAUGGGCCGCACUCCAAAGGGGAUCAACCUUUGGUUCAGUUGAUCAUUAAUACUACACUUGCAAUCCAGAGAAGUGAAAUGGUAAGAAAUGUGGAAACAGUGGAGUUGUAGAUCAAGGUGAAAUGCAGAGUUCUGAUGUUGUAUUCCAGGCAAAGAUGUAAAAGUCCAGUGGUGAAGUUUACAGCAAUCUGGUUUAAGUCAUUAACUUAAUGUGCCCACGAGAGCUACCCUGCAAAACCAUUGUGUUUUCUCCUUUUAAAGGUUUUGGAACAGUUUCACGUAUUUGUAUCGGUUUGUUUUGUUUGAAGCUUGGCUUUCAGUUCUGUAAGACAGUAUUUAGUAUUCUGAAGGGAAGUUACAUUUGCAUACUAAUUUGCUGAUUUCAGCAUCUUUUAUGAAAUACAGAAAGAAGCAAACCUCAUCCCUGAGAGUCCAUGCAUUUGGAGUUGGCAAAGACCCAACUCCAUUGUUGCUUCUCAUUUCUGAAACAACUCAAGUCUGUUGCCUUACAUUAGUUCUCUCUGCUCUCAGUGCACAGUUGACAACACUGAAGAAACAAAAAUAUUGUGGUGUCCACAUGACUGCAGGCCCCCUGAUCUAACACUAAUGUCUCUACCAAGGGUCUUAAGAAUGUCCUAAGCUGGCUGAAGAUGUGAACUUUCUAAUCUCUGUGGCUAGAUACCACAUGAGGCAGUGAAUUCACCCAUCGAACCAUCUGGGCAGGCUGGUGCUGAUUGUAAAUUUUCCUCAGCCAGCCUUCAGCUGCUCAACUAAGUCAGCAGAGAAGAGAGAGAGAGAACCUGUAGCCAUCCGUAUUUUACAGAUUAAUGUUCCCGACCGAGGGUAUUUAUUCAAAUGAGAUAUUGGAAAUGAAUUCCUUCUAUGCUUUUGGGAAAUGAUGCAUGCUUAGAAUAUUUUGUUUACAAAGCUGGAAAAAGACAUACAAACAAGCAGUAAUCUUUGCAAUGUUUAGCAUCUUUCAGAAUAUAUUCUAUGUAUUAAAUGCUUUCUAUAAAAUUUGGAGCUAAGUGGUAUAUGGACUGCUAAUACACAGUGAUAAAAAAGGCCCUAGGUUCAGUAUUUAGCCUGAGUUGCACAAAUUGAUCUUAGCUGGAAUGAAAGUUUAUUUUGUUCGUGCAAUGAGACAAAUGCCAGGAAAGUUAUUUUUCAUUCCUAAAUGGUAGCUUGAGGAAUGGAAAAUGAACUUAUAAUGGUGACUUUCAGAUCAUUCCAACCACUUUGUAGUCAAUUUUAUAAUGAUUUUGAAGUGCAGUCACUAUUAUAAUGUAGGAAGCAUUGCUGCCAAUUUGCACAUAGCUACCUCCAUGCAAAUGGUUAUCAAAUAACCAGAUCAUCAGUUUUAGACAUUGAUUGAGGAAAAAAUAUCUUCCAGAACACCAGGAGAAUCCUUCUUCAGAUACUACCAUGGGAUCUUCCAUGUCAGUUUUGGUGCAGAAAUUUAGACUAGCAUUCUGAUAGCAUACUGAAUGGUGCUGCACAGUCUCCGCUGCAUCUUUUGGAUCAGACAUUAAAGUAAACAAUCUCGUCACUAGUUCAAAGGAGAGCAGGGCUGUUAGCCCUGAGAGCUAGCCAACAUUCUGUGCAUCAGAAUAACAGAUUGUUCACUAUCACUUUGCUGAUGGUCGGAGUUUGCUGUGUGCAAAUUGGCUGCUGAUUUUCCUAUAUCAUAACAAUGAUUACACUUCAGAAGUGUUUACUUGGAUGUGAAGCAUUUUGGGAUGUCCUGUGAUAUUUUACAAGUGGAUGUCUUUUACUUUUUCUUUGACUUGUGAGGGCAGGCAGGAUCUCUGCCCAGUAUCUCAAAUAAAUGAUUGUUUUUAUAGCAUGAUUAGCUUUGAUGAACAGUUUGAAGAACACUGUGGUACUAGUGUCCCCUUCUCCCUGAAGAUUUUGACUUCUCUUGGUGUACAGUUCCAUCGGCAUUCUGCAUUAAUUUCCCCAAAAGAUUUUGUUUUGAAAAAAAGAACCGAAAAAAUUUCUUGGAUGCGACAAUUCUGAGGAGGUGGGUCACACAUCUGCUUUGUCAACCAUUCACUUAAAUAGAAGUAAAAGUAUGUUGGAUGCCAUAUGACUGAGAAUGCUGAGUUGUUGUGAUUAUAGGUAAGGACUCUGGUUGUUUCUGCUGCAGGAAUCCCCAACUAGUUGCUCAGUUCUAGCAAUCUUUUAAAUUAACCAAAAAACUGCAGGUGCUGGGAUUGUGAAACAAAACCAAGAUAGCUGCAAAAACUCAGCAGGUUUGGCAGCAUCUGUGGAGAGGAAGCAGAGUUAAUGUUUCGAGUCCAGUGACCUUUCU